AUGGGUAAACCAGUGGGACUGCAGGGGGUGCAGGUGACGGUGUGCUCCCAGUUGGGUGCGCCAAGCAACAGGGGUGUCUUCCAGGAUGGAGAUGUGAUUAUCGGUGGACUCUUUAGUUUGCAUUACAUACCUUCAGCUGUAGAACAGGUCUACACCAGACUGCCACAUUAUGAACCUUGUACUGGUUUAGAAUUACAAGCACUAAAAUAUAUGUAUGCUAUGGCAUUUGCUGUGGAGGAAGUAAAUCAAAACAGCGCUCUGCUACCAGGAAUAAAACUAGGUUAUCAUAUACUUGAUAGCUGUGGCCGGUACCCCUGGGCUCUGCAAAGUGCUCUCUCACUGGUUGGAGGAGACAGACACAACUGCAAUUUAACAGCCUCUACACUUUAUUCUGAAGCUUAUGAACAACCUGGAGAGACAGCAGGUGUUCAGCCUGUUCCUUUACUCAUUGGAGGUCAUGCAUCUACAACAGGAGUGAUACUGUCCAGGAUCCUAGGGCCUCUCUCUGUACCAGUGAUCAGCUACUUGGCUAGCUGCCCCUGUCUUAGUGACAGGUCCAACUUUCCUAACUUCUUCAGAACAAUCCCCAGUGAUAUUUACCAAGCUCGAACCAUGGCACAGCUGGCCAUACGCCUCAACUGGACUUGGAUUGGAGCUGUGCUUGCGAACAAUGAUUAUGGUCAAAUGGCAAUACAGGUAUUUCAGGAAGAGAUUAAGGGGAAAAGGGUGUGUUUAGAAUUCAUUGAGACUGUCCACAGAGAAACUAUUGUGAGUGAUGCCAGACGGGUGGCGCUUACGAUCCAGUCUUCAACUGCAACUGUGAUUCUGAUCUUUUGCUGGUAUACAGAUGUACAGAAAAUAUUUGUGGAACUUGCCAAGAGAAAUGUGACUGGCAGACAGUUUCUGGCCAGUGAGGCCUGGAGUACCAGUGACGAUCUUCUCCAAGAUAUUACCAUCUCUAAGGUGGCAAGUGGGGUUCUUGGUGUUGCCAUUCGGAGUUCAACAAUACCUGGAUUUGAAAAUUAUCUAAAAAAGUUGAGCCCAUCUCAUUAUCCUAAUGAUGACUUUUUGAGAGAAUUUUGGGAAAAGGAGUUUGGAUGCAGUGUUUCCAUAAAUGAAGUGCAGCAUUUCUUUAGCGACAUCACCCAGCUAAGAGUGGCGUAUAAUGUCUACCUUGCUGUUUAUGCUGCAGCCCACGCCCUUCACAGCCUACUCUCCUGCCCCAGUGGAAACAUCCCCCCUCAAAACAACCUCUCUUCUUGUUCCUCUCCAAAACACAUCAGAACUGUAGAGUUAUUGCAACACUUAAACACAGUGAAUCUCACAACACCACAAGGAGAAGUGCUUUAUUUCCAAGGAGGUGACCCCCCAGCAAAGUAUGACCUUGUGAACUGGCAGAACACACCCAAGGGGACGCUAAAACUUGUUGUUGUCGGUCAUGUAGAUGGUUUUGACCUCCACCUUAAUGAGUCAGCUAUUCAGUGGAGCACAGGAUCAAAUCAGGUGCCUGAUUCAGUGUGCAGUAAAAGCUGUCCCCCAGGUACAUGGAUGGCAGAUAGGAAAGGGGAACCUGUCUGUUGUUUUGACUGUUUCCCAUGUGCUGAAGGGGAGAUUAGCAAUAAAACUGAUUCACUUCAGUGUGAGCAGUGUCCGUCUGAGUUCUGGUCUAAUGCUGAAAGAAUUGCCUGCAUCCCUCGCCAGCUGGACUUUCUUUCCUUUAAUGAAACUUUGGGCAUUACUCUCACGACAGCAGCUGUGUCUGGUGUCACUGUGACAACCGCUGUCUUUGUCGUGUUUCUUUUCUACCGUCAAACACCUAUGGUACGAGCCAACAAUUCAGAGCUGAGCUUCCUCCUUCUUCUGUCGCUCAAGCUCUGCUUCCUGUGCUCGCUUGUGUUCAUUGGCCGCCCGUCAGUCUGGUCCUGCCGGUUCCAGCAAGCUGCAUUUGGGAUCAGCUUUGUGCUUUGUGUUUCUUGCCUCCUGGUAAAAACCAUUGUGGUUCUGGCUGUUUUCCGCUCAGCUCGGCCUGGUGCUGAAACUUUAAUGAAGUGGUUUGGCCCUGGGCAACAGAGAGGAAGUGUCUGCUUCUUUACCUGUAUACAGGUUAUCAUCUGCGUUAUAUGGCUGUCUCUCAGUCCCCCCAGGCCUCAAAGUGAUCUUGGUUUUCAAGGGUCAAAGGUCACCUUGGAGUGCACCAUGGAGUCUGUUGUGGGCUUCUCACUUGUCCUAGGCUACAUUGGCCUGCUGGCCUGUACUUGCCUCCUCUUGGCGUUUCUUGCUCGUAAACUUCCAGACAACUUCAAUGAGGCCAAACUCAUCACCUUCAGCAUGCUGAUUUUCUGCGCUGUUUGGGUGGCCUUUGUGCCUGCUUACAUUAGCUCUCCAGGGAAGUAUGUUGUUGCUGUGGAAGUUUUUGCAAUACUUGCCUCUAGCUAUGGUUUACUGCUUUGCAUUUUUGCCCCCAAAUGUUUCAUUAUUCUUUUGAGGCCUGAGAAGAACACAAAGAAACAUCUUAUGGCUCGAUAG